AUUCCCCCUCUCUUCUACCCAUCACGAGGAAAAAGAAGAGCAAAGAGGAGGAAGAAGAAGAGCCGCGCGUAGAUCGGGAAGAAUGGGGCUCACCUUUGCGAAGCUCUUCAGCCGCCUCUUUGCGAAGAAGGAGAUGCGGAUCCUGAUGGUUGGGCUUGAUGCCGCCGGUAAGACGACCAUCCUGUACAAGCUCAAGCUGGGGGAAAUCGUCACCACCAUUCCCACUAUCGGGUUUAAUGUGGAGACUGUGGAAUACAAAAAUAUAAGCUUCACUGUCUGGGAUGUUGGUGGCCAAGACAAGAUUAGACCUUUAUGGAGGCAUUACUUCCAGAACACACAGGGUCUUAUUUUCGUUGUCGACAGCAAUGACAGAGACCGUGUAGUUGAGGCAAGAGAUGAACUUCACAGGAUGCUCAACGAGGAUGAGUUGCGUGAUGCUGUCUUGCUCGUGUUUGCAAACAAACAAGACCUGCCAAAUGCUAUGAAUGCUGCUGAAAUUACGGAUAAGCUUGGUCUGCAUUCCUUGCGUCAACGGCACUGGUACAUACAGAGCACCUGCGCCACAACCGGUGAAGGUUUAUACGAGGGGCUUGAUUGGCUGUCCAACAACAUAGCCAACAAGGCCUAAGCUAUGACGAUGAAGUUCCAGGAGCUCUCGGAUCUAAAAAACCGUCUCUUGGAUGCCUUAGGUAUGACGAUGAUAAGAAAACCUUUAGCUUAACUUAUGUGAAUUAAUUUUACCUCAGAUUUUGCACUUUAAUGUGUUUGCUACUUAUGCGUCAUAUAUAUGACUUUUUCAUACAUUCUUUCAGAAACAAUUCUAUUUUGUUGAUCA